AUGCCGGACAACUCCUCCUCUUUCUCCACCAAUAUCGUCCUCUAUCUUGUCAAUGGUUUUGUUUACAACUGCUUCGACUCCAGAGUUGGCAAUAUCAUCUUUGCUGCCUUCACUAUCACCAGCUUCCUCCUCAUCUUCCCUCUCUCCGUCAUCACUCUGUAUCUGGGUCAUCAGCUAUGGCGGAGGAAACCCUCCACCUUGACCAGUCACUCUGACUUCUUCACCUACCACAUGGUCGUGAUGGAGAUGAUCUACCUCUCAGCUGCGGUCACUUACUGCAUCGGUGUCUACACUGGUGACACACCGGUGAUGGUGGCGGCUUGCUACGUGUUCUACAUCAGCUCAUGUGGACAGAUGUCCUUUCACACCCUUACCUGCGUGGAGCGUUACCUGGCUGUUGUUUUUCCUAUCACCUACAUGCACGUCAGUAAAGGAAGUGGGGUCCGAGUUAGAAAUAUGACCAUUCUGUGUGUUUGGUUUUUCUUUUUUGCAAAGAUGAUUGUAAUAGUUUUUGAAGGACUUGAUGUUGUUGUCAUGGUGUAUAUUGUGCAACAGGCCUUAUCCUUAGCUAUCAUGUCUUUUUGCAGCUUAGCCGUACUCAGGGCGUUAAAGCGCACAGGGCCAGGGGAGAGGGUAGGGGACCGACAGAGGGUUGACCUAUCAAAGCGAAGGGCAUUCAACACAAUCAUGGCCAUACUGGGAACUUUGCUUCUGAAAUUUGGGAGUGCUCUGUUUUGCAUCCCAGUACAUAGCUCACCAUUUAUCGGGAAAAAUGAACAGUGUGCGUUUCUGGAGUCAAGUUACUGGUUUCGUCUGCCCAGCAGUGUGGUGUUACCUCUGCUCUUUCUGCACAGAGUCAGAAAGUUACCAUGUUGUGGGAACAAUGUUGAGUCUGAACGAAGAGCAUCAUGCUGUGGUUCAAGAAUAUGCUAACAGACAGAUCACAUCAGAAGAUCGAGACAUGACAACAUUUGGUGAAAGCUAAGUUUUCUGUUCUUAUAUGAAAAUGCAAAUAGUGGAUGACGGUGCCUUGACAUAGACCUGGGGUGAGGGUUGUAUUCUGGUCUUAUCCACCCUAAUACAAGGAAGACCAACACUCUAGUGUUCAGUGGGGUUUCUUAAAGGCCUCUAAAGAUCUGCAAUAUACAAAUCUACCACAACCGUGACAUCCUACAAAUCUGUCAACUGUAAAAUAAAGAAAUCCUGAUAAAUGUCUACAUCUUCAUCUCAAUUUGUUGUUAUUCAGGGGUUAUUUACCCCUUUACUGAUUUCAAGGAUAUUUCUUAAUGGCAGCACCUGAAAGUAGACCUGGGACCACAGAAAUUAUGAUCAAUCUAUACAUAGAAAUAAUAAAAACGACAUGAUUUUUAACUGACAAAUUCUCAGACCUCAUACCAACUCUACUGCUCCACCGCUCCCCUGAUGAUACUCAGGAUCUGACCAUGCAAUCGGAUCUUUCCAUGGAAACGAAAUCCAGACGGGACAUUUGCCUACCGAGAUUUUGAGUAGAAAGUAUCACUUAAACAGAUACCUGCUGUAGGUUUGAGAUAUGCAAAAAAAAUAUCCCGCAGACCGUCUGCAGCCCAUCUUCAUACACGCAAAUUGAUACCAAUCACACGCACAUAGAUGAGAAUAUAUAGAGAGAGGAGAUGCUCUGUCCAGAAGUCCUGUUUAAGUCGACGAAGAGGGAUGUCCAGGACCGGGGACUUUUGGAGAAGUGAGUUUGAGUUUUUCGUAUUCUUUUCUUUUUGUGAAAUGAACAUAUCUGGGUCGUUGAAUCAUUUUGAGUUGUCUUUUCUUCACUUUUUCUCAUUUAAUUUUCCAAGUUGAACGUUGUUGUAGGGUUGACAGAACUUUUUAAAACAAGUAGCAAGAGGAACAUCAUCAAAAAUCUGCAUCUAACAUCUUAUUUUGUUUGUCUCCCUCCCCUGUUGUUGAUCUGCUUACCAUGUCUGCAUAAUAGUUAUGCUCUUCAAUUCUUCAUCCAAUGGCUCCGUCCUUCCUCCUCAUCUAGCUUCCUUGAAUUCCUCCCUUCCUCCUCUCUCAGUCACAUGCUUUGACCACAGAACCAGCAUAUUCAGCUUCACCGCCUUCUCCAUCACCAGCAUCCUCCUCCUGUUCCCUCUCUGCAUGCUCAUCAUCUGCCUCGGUCUCCAGCAAUGGAGGAAACGGCGCUCGGCCUCCGCUGCGGAAACAAGUCACUCCGAUAUCUUCACCUACCACAUGGUUGCCAUGGAGAUGAUUGGCAUCCUUGGAUGUGGGCUCUACUGCUGUGGCGUCUGCCUUCUAGAGCCGUGGUUGGUUUUGUUUGGCGUGUACUUCUUCACAGCCACCUCAAAUGGACAGAUUUUUUUUCAUAUCCUCACCUGUGCCGAGCGCCAUCUGGCAGUUGUUCACCCAAUCCUGUACCGUGGCCUAAAACAAAGGGGCGGAGUCAGGAUCAGAAACAUCACAAUCGGGUGCGUUUGGUUGCUCUUUCUUGGACUGUUUGGUCUCAUCAGACUGGCUGCCAAUUCCAGCACUUUGCCGUUUUUGUUUCUAAUGCUUCUCGCAAUAACCGCAGUCUCCUUCUGCAGCCUCUCGGUUCUCCACACUCUGAAGCGCCCAGGGCCAGGGGACGGGGGUGGGAACAGGGCGAGGGCAGACAAAACAAAGAUGAAAGCUUUUCAGACCAUCACAAUCAUACUGGGGGCUCUGCUGCUACGAUUUGGCGGGCAUUUGCUUGUACUUGUAAUUUACAUCUUCUCAGAUUUGAGUGAGACUGUUAGGUGUGGACUGCUAGUGUCUGGAGUCUGGUUUAACCUCCCGAGCAGCAUGGUGUUACCUAUUCUGUUUCUGCACAGGGCUGGGAAACUGUUGUGCUGCAGGAAUAA